AUGGAUCCUACAAUAGUUCAAUAUCUUGAGGGUAUUGGCUUCGAUAAGUGGACUCGUGCUAACUUUUCUGGGAAUCGAUACAAUAUAAUGACAAGCAACUACGCCAAAAGCUUCAACAACAAAUUCAGAGAUGCAAGAACCUUCCCAGUCACUACUUUUGUGGAGUUCAUUCAUUUCACAAUUCAGUCAUGGUUUCCUGGGCACCAUCAUGAGGUAGAGAAGUGCACAUCCAAAUUAUCACCACUAAUGGAGAAAUAUUUGGAAGAUAUUGCAGCUGAUGCAAAGUACUUGAAAUUCCACAUUCUUGGACAAUUAGAAUUUCAUGUGGUAGAUCCAAAUGGUGAUGGCAUGUUUCAGAUUAUAGGGAUACCUUGUGAUCAUGCAGUUGCUGUAGCCAUCGAUCGCGGUGUUAACUUUUACUCACUGUACUCCCCAUUCUACACUACUAAGAUGUUGAUGGGGUCGUAUAAAGAAACAAUUUAUCCAACUGGCAACGAGGAUGAGUGGAUAGUUCCCAAAGACAUAAAGAAUAUGGAAGUUGGGGUACCCGUUGAGAAACCACCAAUUGGUCGCCCGAAGAAGAGAAAGGUAGGAAGAAAGAAGACAAAAUGUUGUCCAUCGACAGGCGAAGUGUUGUGA